GCUGCCCGCUCGGUCCCGCGCCCGCCAUGGCCCGGCUGACGGAGAGCGAGGCGCGGCGGCAGCAGCUCCUCCCGCCGCGGCCGGCGCCCCUGGGCAGCAGCGGAGGGCCCGAGCCCCCCGGCCGGCCGGCCGGCAUGAAGGACCUGGACGCCAUCAAGCUGUUUGUGGGGCAGAUCCCGCGCAACCUGGACGAGCAGGACCUCAAGCCGCUCUUCGAGCAGUUCGGCCGCAUCUACGAGCUCACGGUGCUCAAGGACCCCUACACCGGCAUGCACAAAGGCUGCGCCUUCCUCACCUACUGCGCCCGUGACUCGGCCAUCAAAGCGCAGACGGCGCUGCACGAGCAGAAGACCCUGCCCGGGAUGGCCCGUCCGAUCCAGGUGAAGCCUGCCGACAGCGAGAGCCGCGGAGGUAGGGACCGGAAGCUGUUUGUAGGCAUGCUGAACAAGCAGCAGUCGGAGGAGGACGUGUUGCGGCUCUUCCAGCCCUUCGGGGUCAUCGACGAGUGUACGGUGCUCCGGGGGCCCGACGGCAGCAGCAAAGGCUGUGCCUUUGUGAAGUUUGCCUCCCACACGGAGGCGCAGGCGGCUAUCCACGCCCUGCACGGUAGCCAGACCAUGCCGGGAGCCUCCUCCAGCCUGGUGGUCAAGUUCGCGGACACAGACAAGGAGCGGACCCUGCGGCGUAUGCAACAAAUGGUGGGCCAGCUGGGCAUCCUGGCGCCGUCCCUCACCCUGCCUUUCAGCCCCUACAGUGCCUACGCCCAGGCUCUCAUGCAGCAGCAAACCACGGUCUUGUCCACCUCGGGCAGCUACCUGAGCCCCGGCGUGGCCUUCUCGCCCUGCCACAUCCAGCAGAUCGGGGCUGUGAGCCUUAACGGGCUGCCUGCCACCCCCAUCGCCCCUGCCUCCGGUCUGCAUUCGCCACCCCUGCUCAGCACUGCCGCCAUGCCCGGCCUCGUGGCGCCCAUCACCAAUGGCUUUGCAGGGGUGGUGCCCUUCCCCGGUGGGCACCCGGCCCUGGAGACGGUGUACGCCAACGGCCUCGUGCCCUACCCAGCUCAGAGUCCCACAGUGGCAGACACCCUUCACCCUGCCUUCUCCGGAGUGCAACAGUACACAGCCAUGUACCCCGCCACGGCCAUCACGCCCAUCGCGCACAGCGUCCCGCAGCCGCCGCCGGUCCUGCAGCAGCAGCGAGAAGGUCCCGAAGGCUGUAACCUGUUUAUCUACCACCUCCCCCAGGAGUUUGGAGACGCGGAGCUGACACAGAUGUUCCUGCCAUUCGGCAACAUCAUCUCCUCCAAGGUGUUUAUGGACCGGGCUACCCACCAGAGCAAGUGCUUCGGCUUCGUGAGCUUUGACAACCCGGCCAGCGCCCAGACGGCCAUCCAGGCCAUGAACGGCUUCCAGAUUGGCAUGAAGAGGCUCAAAGUACAGCUGAAGCGGCCCAAGGACCCGGGACACCCCUACUAACCCCUCCCCAGGGCGGGUCGGACACAGACCCCCCUCAACCCCGGCCCCCUGGAGGGAACGGGAACCAGGGUCCACGGUGUGUGUGUGUGUGUAGAAGCGGGGGGCCAGGCCUGCAGUGCUUUUGAGAGCUGAAUCGGACUUGAUCUUGAGGCCUGGGGGGGGUUACGAUUUCCUUCCGUUACCCACAGACACACGUAGGCUGCCCAUCCUGGACCCCGGCACACAGGUGACUGCCACCCAGGGCCCACACUGGGGGCACGGGGACUGACCAUGCUGCCUGAGCUCACAGCCACCCCCAUGAGCCUCGGCUGUGGAAGGGGCAGGUGGGGCCGGCCCUGGGGACCCUGGCUGAGCUCAGGCCCCACGGGAGCUCCCCGCAGG